AUGGCUCCUCCAUCUCCUCAAUUCUCUGCUCAUCCAGAGAAUGAAAUUCUCUGUUCUUCCCCUCCUCCACUUUUAACAAUCUCUAAUCAAUUUCCAUCUGCUUCAUCCCCACGCUUUAGAGAUUCAUCUUUGAAAGAUAUCCCAACUGCUUCAAGAAUCUCAUCAGAUAAUGUUUCUGCUCCUGAUAUGGAUAAUUCUCUGGUUCAACUACCUAGGAUGCGUCCCCCUCCAGUUACUGCUGAGGAAACUCCUGUUAGACCUUCUACCUCUGAGUCCAAUGAUGAAGACGGAUUCAGUAUCAUUACACCUGAUCAAUACAGUGGAUAUGUUGAUGAUGGCUCUGGCUACACAAUCAGGAGCUUGAUGGACAUUGUUGAGGACUCAUUUAGACCAUCACUCGACGGCCAUCGAUACUCCCCCGAAGCCUCAGAGUUCGAGGCUAAUCAUCAAGAUGAUGAAGAUGACGAAGCUCUUCUUUCUUCGCCGAUUCUGAGCCAGAUUAGUGAUCUCACUUCCACUGAUCUCGCUGCGUCUUUUUUUAUUACUCCUAUCGAUGGUGAUGAUGAACCGCCAAUUCCGCGGACUCAUCCUCUCAAAGAUGAGUUUUGGAAGGAUUUUAGAAGGAGUGCUCAGCUUGUACCUGUGCUAAACUAUGCUCCGCAGGAUAAUAUCGAAGAGGGUUCCUGUGAGGGCUUUAGAAGCAAUUCUGUACUUAAGCCUGCUUUUCAGCGUUCUCCCCCACCAGAAAUGGUUGAAGAUGAGUAUGGCGAGGCUAGUACCAUUACUCAGACCACGGUACUUGGGACUAAAGAGGAUGCUGCUUCAGCAUUUGCUAUUGAUGGUAGUGGCGAGCACAAGUCGAGAGCUUCCACUGUUGAAUAUGCAUCCGAAUCUGAGUCCGAAUCUGGGUCUUCUUCUAAAGCUCAUUCAGAGUUUGAAGAUCAAUCUAUUCAAGAAACUCAGAAUACCGAUAAUGCCACUCAGUCAAAAGAAACACCACCUCUUCCACCUCAUUUGAGGGUGAAGCCUGGACAACCCUCUGCACGCCCCACUUCUGAGUCGGGGGAGUCCGGCGUGAGUUCCAAGUCAAUUGAAAGCGCCAGUGAAAUUGACAGAGAAGCCUCAAUCCGGGAUCUGAUCGAUUCCAUCUAUAUCGAUGAGAUUGCUCUACUCGCAACCGUUCUAUAUUCGGUAUAUGCGAAGAUCCCCGAACAUCGGGUGGAUUGUUCCGUGGACCCAAACCCCAGAAUCGGCUCGAAAAACUUGUUAUAUACGGUCAAGUUGUCUGGCAAUGCGCGCUUUGGUGAGGUUAUACCAGCCAAAUGGCUCGUUAGGAUUCCCCUUUCCGCUAGAAACUUUAGCGCGAUAGAUAGAUAUUGGCUCGAGUCUGAUAUUAAGGCAAUGACCUUCAUCAAAGAGAAGACUGAUAUCCCAGUUCCGUACAUUUAUUCGUAUGACUUGUACGAAGAUAACUGUCUCAGAGUUCCAUUCGUCUUCAUGGACUGUAUGAAGGGCGGUAAGGUAGAUGACCUUUGGGGUGCCUGGAACGACGAGGAAAAAAUGCGUUGUCUUUCUCAAUGUGCUGAGCAUAUGCUCAAAUUAAGGAAGUUUCCUUUUGACAGGAUUGGAGUUAUCGCUGUCGAUUACGUACAGGAAAGGCUUGUAAUCAAUGGUAAACCGCAUCAACUCAAUGGUGGAGGGGCCGUCAUCACCGGACCCUUUACCUCUAGUAAAUCGUACCUAGAGGAUAUCUGGGUAAGAAGUAUUAAGCAGGUGCGAGGCAGCACCGAGACUGAGGAGGUCAAGGCCAAGAAUCUUCUUGUUUUACUGAAACUCCUAACUGGAGCCCUUGUCGAGCCUGUCACAGAAAUGUUCUAUCUUUCUCCACCUGAGCUUGGAGGUGGAAAUGUUCUUGUCGACUUUGAAGGAAACAUCACUGGGUUCGUAGGCUGGGAGGAGAUUGGCAUUCUUCCCAAGGGUAUGGGCUAUGCUAGAUAUCCAGAAUGGAUUACCGAAGAUUGGAUCCCUUUGAUGAAAAAAAAACCUAUUUCGGGUGAAUCUCUCAAUAAUUCAAGACGUUUCAGGCCGGUAGAGACUUCUUCGGCCAAUGGAAACGCGCCUCACUUUAUUUCCAGGGGAAAUCUUGAUCGGCUCCGCAACUUUGUCUACCUUGAGUAUCAAGAUCCUCCAGCUUAUUUCUCGGGCGAGCAAACCUAUUCAUCAGAGGAAGUCGGUGAUGGUGCUGCUGAUCCUAGAGAUGAAUCAACUACGAAAUCCACUGAUGAUAAAGCCAUCCCGAAUCUGGUUGGCGGAGUUUCUGAUCCAUCUGAAGCUUCUGGUCCGUCUGGGGAGACUACUCCUAAUAAUACUAGUGUCGAAUAUAACGGUGCUUCCCUCGAGUAUGAGAAGUGGAAAUAUAGGAAGACGGAGAACGGAGGUAACAGACGUUAUGAAGGCAUGGGAUACCGUAAGCGUGGAUACACAACACGUCAGCAUAAUCACAAUCGUCAAAGUUUCGACGAAGCUACCGAGCUGGAAAAAGCUACAACCAGUGAAGAGAAAGCCAAGGUCCAUACAGUAUCUAAGUGGAAUUCGUUAUCUGGCCAACUUGAAAACGAGGAGGCCCACCAGAGGGCGGACCGAAACAAGAAAUGGCACUCCAAGGAAGAGUCAGAGAAAAAAGAAGCAAUCGAGCAAGCUAGUGUCAUGCCACCGAUGGUUGAAACCUUUAAGAAGGUUAUCGUAGGUCCAGACCAGACGAGGAAACUCGUUGAGGUUACCAAGACUUACAGGGGCGAGCAGGCCGUGACCUUUUCCGACGAGAUGGCCCGCUACCGGGCCAUGUACGAUGACUUUGUCUUGGAACUAUCCCCUGAAGAUUUGCAAGCUACAAAAUCAUCACUCAUAUCUACAGCUCUUUAUGUAGCCCUGAAAAACGAUUCCAUUAGACCACAUAUCGUCCCGAAGUUGGCCAAGGAAGUCUUUGGAAAUAGUGUUGGUCCUAAUAUCUUGACUAUGGUUGGAAACAGCCCAUGGGCACAAAGACUACUAGCGAAACCCGACGACCACAGCUUUGCCAGCGGAAACCCCGAACCUGACGAUACAAAGCCGCAAGCGGGAAUGACAAUUCGUAUUUCCUAUGUUAAGCUGGCAGCAACGCUUAUGAUUGUAGCCAUCUUUUCCCUGGCCUCUUGGGUGUUUGGUUUGAAAAACCUCAACCCUGACAAGCAUACUGAAUUGGAAAAAUUUCUCUUGUUCACAUUGGGUUUGUCCCUCAUGAUGAUCGCAUCCCUAUUUCUGACCUUAUUCUGUUGGCUCUUCUCUGAGGAAUUGGAGAGGGAUUAUGAAGAAGAAGAAGAGGAGGAAGAAUAG